AUGACCGGGCCGCCGUCCUCUUCCUACCCCAGCCAGGUCUCGCUGUCAGCCAUCGAGAUUUCGCCGGAAAAUCGAAGAGAAAAGCUCGGUUUCGCCCGAAACUUCGCCGACUUCGUUCUUCGUCGUCCGGCCGCCAUUUUUGGCGAUCAAGGGGAGACUCUGCCGAAAUUUGGGCAGAAAGUCUCGUGCCCUAAAUCCUCUCUGGUAAAAGAGGACAUAGUUUUAAGGAGUGAACCCGGCGUGGGUGUGAUGCCGGGGUCUCCGCAGGGUUCGUCUCGGAUUCCGGGAAAUUCGGGGCGGGUCCUGUCAGAUAAAAUCCAAUCCUAUUAA